AUGGAGUUCAUAGCGGAUUAUGAUCUCAAAAUCCAAUACCAUCCCGGAAAGGCGAACGUAGUAGCGGAUGCACUAACCUUCAAAGGAGAAUCGAGCGAACCACUCAGAUUUCAAGCGGUGAACCAGGCAGGAUUUAUUCAUAGAAUCCGAGAAGCUCAAUUUAAUGAUGACAAGAUCAAGAAGAUUGUCGAACGCAUUGAAGACCCUGAAGACGAAGACACCAGCGAAUACCAGAUAGCAGAAGAUGGAACCUUUCUAGUUCACGGAAGGAUCACCGUAACAGAAGGAGAUGGACUUCGAGAAGAAAUACUACGGAUUGCUCAUCAAUCUACACUAAGUAUACAUCCUGGAAGCACCAAGAUCUACAAGGAUGUGCGGAAAUAUUACCAUUGGCCUGGCAUGAAGAGGGCAGUGGCUAAAUGGGUAGCACAAUGCCAAACUUGUCAACAAAUCAAGGCAGAGCAUAGAGUACCGGGCGGUCUACUUCAGAGCCUACCCAUACCUCAGUGA